CGUUCAGCUAGGAGAGCAUAGAACGGUUGUGAUCGUUGCUGAAGAGUGACGUUCUUUUAGAAUCCGAGUGUACUUAUUUGAUAUUGUUUCAUCACGGAACCAAGGAAAAAUGCUGUGCAACCACCGACGAUUCUUCUUCAUUGCUGUAAUUCUUCUUUCGCAUCUGUACAGAGACUCGACAGCUCUAAAACCGAAUAUAUUCCCGAAAACUGAUCAGAUCAUUCAAAAAGAACACGAUCCUUUGUGGCUACAAUGCUCCGGCAAGUCGGAUAUUGUCUUCAUGUAUCCGACUAACUCAACAGAAUUUUUUCAUACAUCGUCCAUUGAAAUACGCAAGAACCAAUAUGAAAAUGGAACCUACAUGUACCAGCUUAUGCGACCGAAUACCGUCUAUGGUGAUACUGGUUGGUAUGGUUGUUCAGAUCAUUUCAUUGAGAUCUCCGCACGCAAUUAUUCCGACCCAGAAGUCGACUGGGUGUAUGUUUAUGUUGAAUCUAAAUCGCAUCGGUUUGUGGAGGAAUCGAAAUUCCCUUUACGCGGUGUUCGAGGCGGGAACAUAAUCGUACCGUGUAGACCAACAUCGCCGACUGCGCAAGUGAAGCUUACAAAGCACGGUCGAGUUCCCGAAGAUAGGUUUUCGUUCGAUCCAAAAUUUGGAUUCACAUUGUACAACGUUAUGCCGCGUAACGAAGGUUAUUACGUAUGCCACAUCGCUCCUGAUCAAAGAAGGACUUACCGUAUAGACGUUUCGGCGAUGUUGACACUGAAGGUGCCAAGGAUUAUCAAUGAUACUUUGCGGCACGUAACAAAAGGCGAAACUCUAUACGUGAACUGUACCACAACUAUUCGGAAGAACGUGGACCAUGUCUUCACUUGGAUUCCUCCGCGAAAAAGCAACAGGAUCACUAUCCGUGACCAUACAGAAAAUAGUGGAAGUAACAAUAAGAUCACCACCGAAUUAAUCAUCAAGAACGUGACCUUCAAAGACGCAGGUGUCUACGAGUGUAAGAUCGCGGACUUCAAUACUGAGCAAAAAUCGAAGACGAAUAUCACGGUGUAUGAGUGGAUCGAUCCAUACAUCGUCCUAACAUCUCAAGAUCCUAACAGGCACUAUCAAGGUCAUAGGUAUAAGGAAGCGCAGUGGGUUGUGGACGUCGACGCGUAUCCUCUGCCUGAACUAAAAUGGUUGAAUAGAAACGGCGACGAAAUUACAACGGGUUCGUCGACGACUGAGGAAUCCAAAUUUUCAGUUAACGUCACCUGUUGUAAGCCAAUAUUGAGAAUCAACAAUUUAGAUUUCGAUGACAUGGGACUAUAUUCCAUUCAAGCCAAAACUAAGUACGAAACGAAAACAUUGAACUUUACGUUAGAUGUAAUAGAUCAGCCGAUGGUGGAUAUAAAGAAUCCGAGCUCGUAUUAUUUACCUAAUCAGGUGGCAAAGAUUGAAUGCUACGUGGAAACAUUCCCGGUGCCAAAUAUUACCUGGAGUUACCGCAAGUGUCCCAAUUUUCCUCUUUGCGAGAAUGAUACCGCCGAGCACUUAACGAACUCCACCGAAGAAAACGAAACAAUGACUUCCAUGGUCUCUACAGUGUUGACGGCCAUUGAAAUGUCCGGUCAACUUACCUGCAGCGCGUGCAACAUUGUUGGCUGCGGAAAUGUCUCCAAAACUGUGAUGGUUUCCGAUGUAGCUGAGGGAUUCGGUGUAAUAUCCACGGAGGACCUAGUGGUAGAGGGCGACGAUUGGGUGCUGAUAUGCGCUGCUUCGAUCUACAAUUAUUCAGAUAUUCUUGAAUGGAGCAGUCAAGGUGGUCCAAUUGAACAACAUGACAGAAUCUCGAUCGAUCGAGGGGAGACACGAUUCACGUAUAGAUCGAUUUUGAAAAUACGCAACGUGAAAAUGGAGGAUUCUCAGGAAUAUAUUUGUACAGGGAAGUCCACGGGAAAUAUAUCUCAGUCUACCGAAUAUCGCCUGGAAGUAAAGGCUACACGAGCGCCAAUUUUUACCGACACCAAUUUGAAUAAAGAAAACAUGAUCGUUGACAAGAAAGUAUAUCUCAAAUGUUUCGCAGACGGUAUGCCUAAACCGAACAUCACUUGGUUUAAGGACGGUACACAGUUGACAUCUAAUGAACGAUAUAAGAUUUAUAAAAAAGACCAAGCACUUGAAAUACAAUAUCCAGAGGAAAGUGACAGUGGCGAGUACAUGUGUCGAGUGCAGAAUCGUAUUGGAAAAGUGGAAGCUCGUCAACGGGUAACGAUAAAAGGGAAAGGAGUACCGGUAGGUCUGAUCAUUUUAGUUGCCAUGUUAGCAGUUGUCGUUGUGAUACUGGUGAUCUACUUCUUCAUCAAGGUUCGCCGUGAAAGGAUACUGAGGAGGGAAUUAAUGGAAGCUGGUCUAAUGCAUUUCGAGAAAGGUGCUGUCGAGUGUUUGAAUCCAGAGUUGACAGUAGACGAUCAAGCAGAGCUCCUCCCUUACGACAACAAAUGGGAAUUUCCCAGGGAAAAAUUGAAGUUAGGAAGACAAUUGGGAAGCGGUGCGUUCGGUGUAGUCUUGAAAGGGGAAGCUCAAGGGAUUUGUAGGGGAGAGGCGGUUACUACUGUAGCCGUGAAAAUGGUACGCCGUACUACGAAUGUCACGUAUGUUCGGGCGCUUAGCAGCGAAUUGAAGAUCUUGGUACAUCUUGGCAAACAUCUAAACGUUGUCAACCUUCUUGGUGCUUGCACAAAAAAUAUCUUGAAACGUGAAUUGUUAGUGAUCGUAGAAUACUGCCAAUUUGGAAAUUUACAUAAUUACUUAUUGAGGCAUAGAAGCAGUUUCAUUAAUCAGAUCGAUCCAGCAACUGGCAAAUUUGAUCUCAGUAUCGGCCACGAUCUACUCACGAGAACUAGCAGUGUGGGCAGCACUAACAGUAGGGUGAAGUACGCGAACUUGUCGUUUUCUCGCAGUAUUAGCUGUAAUUCGGAAUCUGAUUCGGUGCAGUUCCACCCCAUCGAUUCUCAGGGUAUCAGUAUGUCUCCAGAUGGUCCCAUAAUUAGUAACGGUUCCACUCAACCUGGAUGGUUUAGCUAUCGGGGAGACUACAAGGACCAUAAUUUAAAACCAAUUUGCUCACAGGAUUUGUUAUCCUGGGCAUUCCAAGUAGCUCGUGGAAUGGAAUAUCUCAGCCAGAGAAGGGUACUGCACGGUGAUCUGGCCGCUAGAAAUAUUCUCCUGGCCGAUGACAAUAUUGUGAAGAUAUGCGACUUCGGUCUGGGGAAGACCUUGUACAAAGAAGACAAUUAUCAAAAGAAAUGUGACGGUCCAUUACCAAUUAAGUGGUUGGCCAUCGAAUCGAUCAGAGAUCGAGUUUUCUCCACACAAUCGGACAUUUGGUCGUUCGGUAUAGUUCUGUGGGAGUUCUUCACGCUGGCCGAGACUCCGUAUCCCGGAAUGGAGGCGGAAAUACAGUACCAGAAGCUGAUCGAGGGUUACAGAUUGGAGCAGCCCGAAUAUGCCACCCCCGAAGUGUAUAACCUAAUGCGUCAGUGUUGGAAGGCCAAGCCUACUCUACGUCCGAGUUUCACGGAGGUAGUCGACAGUAUAGGAAACUUGUUGGAGGAUAGCGUAAAGUCGCACUACAUCCAAUUAAAUGCCCCGUACCUGGACAUGAACACGAUUCAGCUCGAGAACGGAAAGGACGAUUAUCUGACGAUGUUGUCUGCUCCUGACCAUGUCCAACUGUCUUCACCGGGUCAAGACUACGUCAAUUCGCCUGCAUCUGGGGCCGGGGUGAACUCCGGCUACUUGUCCAUGAGUUCCCGAAACCAAAAUACAGAGUCAGGAAUAUUCAGUCCUAGGCCCCAUCAGGAACGGACCCAUUUCGAUUUUCCAUCCCCGAUGGCCGACUUGGAGGACGGCAUAGAGAUGACACAUAUACUGAAGAAGGAACGGGGUGAUCCCUGUCUGAAGUCCAUCAAUGACCCCGAGCGUAGGACAGAGGUUGCCAGAAACAGACAGACGACAAAGAAUCAGUUGGAGGAUCCAGCUCGGGAUCUCGGUUAUUGCAACAUGCCGAAGAAUUUAGAGCUGAUUGAUCUGAAGAAAAAGAACGACGAGAUCGCGGCAAAAACGGAGGCGAAUUCGAAUUCGACGGCCAAGAUUGGCUUAGCUCCGUCGAUCAUUAGGACUCAGGACAAUUAUUUGAACAUGAUUCAGCAGAAGAGUGACAAGAAGAAAGACUUGCCUGACGGAUUCAGCAAUCCUAGUUAUGUGAUCAUGAGUAAGUGAGGGGCGAUUCGAACCGGGACCUCAAAAGUGUUUGAAAACUUCUGUUCCAGAAAGUAAUCCGGUUGAAAGUGCCUUUCGAUUGUGCGAUUAUCGUCUGCGUGCGUCUGUGUGCUUGAAUUUGCGUGAUGGCAGGGUAAAUAUAGUGUACAUUGUAUUAAAAUUCAUGGCUUCCGCAUGGAUGCUGCAUUUCACAUUCAGCGUGAUGCCGAUGUUGUUCAAAAGUUGCAGUUUGCAUGUUCAGGGAUAGGGAGUUCUGAUGCUGGAACUCCUGAUAUUUUUAUUACAAAUUCAGAUUGUAAUAGCUUUAA